UAAAAUAAUAAAUUUAAAAAUUAAAAAUGGGAAAAUAAGGGAAAAACAUGGUAGCAUACCCUGAGAUUGAUGGAGGAUGAGAGAGAAAAUCAAGGGAGCUAGAGAGAGAAAGAAGAACAACAAAAUUGAGGAAAAGCCAGAAAAUAUUAGCCCUUUUGAAGGCUCAUCUUCCUCCUUCUGAGUCUUCAUUAAAGGGCAAUAAAACUAAAUUCUUUAAUUUUUUUCCUUCCUAUUUUCCCAAUUUUUUCAAUUUUUUUUAUCUUCAGAAUUUCGUAAUUUCCUAAAUUUUCAUUAAUUUUAUGACAACCCAGAAAAUUUGGAGACAUACCCAUUAAAGAAAGAAGCUUAAAGUUUCAAUCUUGGUUACUCUAUUACCCCCUGCAUUCAGGGGUGAAAUCGGCAGAGUCGUUCACCGAGUAAGGGUUCAUUUCUAGCCUAGACUACAAGAAUGAGGGGCACAGAUUUACUUGUUAAGUUCAAGAAAAGGCCGAUGCUCGAUGUUUAUACUGCAGCUCUUUAGCCUGUUCAAAGUUUGUAAUUGCAACUCAACAACUCAUUGUAGCAUUUGUUAGGGCCUUGGCAGCUGUUGUAGAAUUUGUAUAAUUAUAGGUGAUUUUAUUUUACCCUGACCAGUUCUUGGUCAUUCAAGUGAAACCUGGCGCUUUUGUACAUUAGCUAUUUGUAUAGGUGCUGGCUGUUGGGGGAUGUUCUUUGUAGCCCCACUGCUCCAGCGUUUUGUUGAGCAAGCGAUGGGUGCAAGAUGGAGGACUUCUAAGCUUCAGUUAACCUGUUUUGUGGUUUUGAUUCUUGGUUUGGGGUUUCGAGGAUCAUCAUCACUCAAUCUUGAAGGUUCAACUUUACUGAAAUUUAAGACUAGAAUAGACUCAGAUCCUUAUAAUUCUCUUGCAAAUUGGAAUUCUGAAGAUGGCAACCCAUGUAACUGGAAGGGUGUCCACUGUGUCGAUGGUAAAGUGCAUAUGCUAGACAUGAGUGGACUUUCUCUUGGAGGAACUCUGACACCUGAGCUUGGGUACCUUGAUAAUUUAAGAGCUCUAAUACUCCGCGCGAACCACCUCUCAGGUGCCAUUCCAGUAGAGUUUGGAUGUCUUGCCAAGCUUGAGGUACUGGAUUUGAGUGGCAAUUAUUUGACUGGAUUGGUUCCGGCAGAGAUUGCAAACAUGGAGUCAAUGAAACGAUUAAUACUUAGUGACAACAACUUCAAAGGCACCAUCCCUCCAGAGCUUGAGGAGCAUAGCCAGCUGUCUGAGCUGCAGUUUGAUGAAUACCUUGCAUCUGUUACCAACAGAAAAUUUGGCCAACGGUCAAAAGUUUCAGUGGAAUCUUGCCGUGGUCAUGGAAGUCAGCAAAUUGGUAAUCUAGAAACUUCAUAUAAGCCAAACACCCUUCAAAAUGCAGAAGUUUUAGUUCCAGUUACUCGUCGUAAGUUAAGUGAAGAGUCCAAUCUUGAAGCUUUACCAUCUAAAAACAGCCCUGUUUCUCAAGGCACCUCUGAACCAAUUUUAAGAAGUAGUGGGUCUUAUCCGGCCGUAAUGAAGGGGAAGAGCCAGUCCCAAGCACCAUCUUCAGUUCAUUCUGAUUCUGACCCACAGCAGGAGAAAGUACCAGCUCAACCUGCCCAAUCCCGUGCCAACACAGGAAAGCUUUCUCAGAAAGUGUGGUUGUUCCUUGCCAUUGGUCUUGGAGUGUUGUUUUUGCUUGCUGUUGCUGCUGCUAUGUAUUUCAUGUGGAGAAAUCGAUGUUCGAAGCCUAUAGGCCCCUUCAAGACUGGCAUUAGUGGGCAACUGCAGAAAGCAUUUGUUACAGGAGUCCCUAAGCUGAAUAGAUCUGAGCUAGAAACAGCAUGUGAAGACUUCAGCAAUAUUAUUGCUACUUUCGAGGCUUUUAUAAUAUACAAAGGAACCUUGUCAAGUGGAGUUGAAAUUGCUGUUGCAUCAACUCUAGUAAAGUCUUCAACAGAUUGGUCAGAUAAGGCGGAAUUGGAAUACCGGAAAAAGAUUGAAACAUUGUCACGAGUGAAUCACAAGAACUAUGUCAAUCUUCUUGGAUAUUGUGAAGAGAAUGAACCUUUCACUCGAAUGAUGGUGCUUGAAUAUGCCCCAAGUGGUAGCCUUUUUGAGCAUCUCCAUGUUAAAGAAGUUGAGCAUCUUGACUGGAAUGCUAGAGUAAGGGCUAUUAUGGGGGCAGCUUAUUGUCUCCAAUACAUGCACCAUGACCUAAAUCCUCCAGUGGCACAUAAAGACUUGAGAUCAUCUGCAAUCUAUUUGACUGAUGAUUAUGCAGCUAAGCUUGUGGAGAAGCCAUUUGACAUUUUACCUGAAGCCAAGGUGUCAGGCGGAGAGAGUUCAAAGCCUGCUGAAUCAACCAAAACUGCUGAUCUGCGGCAAAAUGUUUAUGAGUUUGGUAUAUUGUUGCUUGAAACCAUCACAGGAAGGCUUCCAGACUCGGAAAAUCAAUUGGUAGAUUGGGCUAUGAAGUACUUGAACGACAGGGAGAGUAAUAAGGACUUGAUCGAUCCGAUACUAAAAUCUGUCAAAACUAACGAGCUAGACGUCAUAUGUGAUGUUAUUCUACAGUGCAUUAGACCCGAGCACACGCGUAGACCCACAAUGAAGGAAGUCACAGCAAAAUUGAGACAAGCCAUUCCUAUUACACCUGAUGCUGCAGUACCGCGGCUCUCUCCCCUUUGGUGGGCUGAAUUAGAAAUACUGUCUGUGGAGGCAUCAUGAUUCCCUGCCUUUACUUUUUCUCUUUGUAUGUUUUAAAGAUGUGCCCUUGUUGUUGUAUUGUAAUCAUAUGCAAGAGAAAUAUACCACUCCCCAUUCCAAGUACAAGAGAAUCUGCACGAUUCUAUCUUUUAGCUUUGUAAUUUCUUGUGAUGAUUCAUGUUUUAUCCAUUCAUCUUCA